AUGUUGGUCAGAAUUACUAGUUUGAAGAAACAGCUAAGUAAGUCUUUUGCCAUGAAAGACUUGGGACAGGCAAAGCAAAUUCUUGGUAUGAAGAUUAAAAAGGUUCAAAGAUUUAGAAUGGAAAACGCUAAAGCAAUUAGUUGUCUUCUUACUAAUCACUUUAAAUUGAGUUCUACACAGUACCCUUCUAUCGAUGGAGAGAAGGAAGAAAUGAAAAAGAUUCCAUAUGCUUCAGCAGUUAGAAGCUUGAUGUAUCCCAUGGUUUAUACACGGCCAGAUAUUGCUCGAUCAGUUGGAGUAGGGAGUCGGGGGAGCCGUGUUGUGGCAGUCAAGAUUACUGAAACAUGCAAGGAGUUGCUGUGUAUGAAGAAAUUCUUGAAUGAACUCGAAAUUCAUCAAGAACGAUAUCAGAUAUUUUGUGACAGUCAAAGCGCAAUUCACUUUGGAAAGAAUUCCUCUUUCCAUUUAAGAUCAAAACAAAUUGGUGUUAGAUAUCACUGGAUCAGUCUCAUUACAUUUUGGUUGCAGUCUACCAGAAAAAUUAUUGCAGCAUCAAGAUAUGGGAGUGCCACUCCUAUACCACCUUCUGUACUCAGCCGUGGUAUUGGUUGGCCGGGAAUGGGAACUUUGCUUGCUGGACUUUGUGGUACAGGAAGUGGUUUGACUGCUUCAGUUGAAAGUGCGGGUCUUUUGGGAUUGACACGAGUUGGAAGUCGGAGAGUCAUUGAAAUAUCAGCAGGAUCUAUGUUCUUCUUUUCUGUAUUAGGAAAAUUCGGGGCUAUUCUUGCUUCCAUACCCUUACCAAUUGUGGCAGCUUUGUACUGUGUUCUCUUUGCCUACGUGGCUUCAGCUGGUAUUGGAUUUCUCCAAUUCUGCAACCUAAAUAGCUUCAGGACAAAGUUUGUUCUUGGCUUUGCCCUCUUCAUGGGCCUCUCUGUGCCACAAUACUUCAAUGAAUAUCUCUUAAUUUCUGGACAUAGCCCUUUCCACACUCAUGCUAUCUUGUUCAACAACAUAAUGCAAGUGAUUUUCUCAUCUUCGGCAACAGUGGCGAUUAUAGUUGCAUUCUUAUUAGACUGCACUCACAGUUUUAGUCACAGCUCAACCUGGCGAGACAGUGGUAGACACUGGUGGGUGAAGUUCUGGAAAUACGAUCAAGACACGAGGACCGAAGAUUUCUAUUCACUGCCUUGGAACCUUAACAGGUUCUUCCCUUCUUUUUAACUCUGAGCAACUCUCUUGUCACAUAAGACAGUAGUAAUGUUGUCAAUUUAAUUAUUACAUUUCAUUUGGGCAAAAU